AUGUCCUCAUUUUUUAAGCCACCAAUUGAUAUAGAAUUGUUAUUGGACGGAGAAGAAAACAGGAAAUAUGUAGAAAUACCAAACAAAAAACAAGGAAUUACGGAUAGAUUUAACGUUUAUGACGAUGGUGAAAGUGUAAGUGGUAUAGUAACAUUGCGAGUACGCAGUGAGGGUAAAAAAGUAGAACAUAUGGGAGUAAAGAUAAGCUUAAUUGGCUGUAUUGAUAUGAGAAAAAAUUCGGAAAAAAGAAAGUCUUCAGAAUCGCCUUUGUCUAGUAACGAUAAGGCUCAUGAUACCAAAAGUGGAGUUGAUCAAUUUUUAUGUUUGACUGCAGAUUUACUGCCUAGUGGUGAGCUAGUACAUUCACAAAAUAUUAAAUUUAGCUUUAAAGAUGUAGAAAAGAGAUAUGAAAGUUAUAAAGGCACAAAUGUAGAAGUUAUGUAUUAUUUGAAAGUUACAGUUUUGCGGAAGGCUGCCGAUUUGGUAAAAAUUAAAAGAUUUUGGGUACAGUUGUAUGAAUCAAUGGAAAAUUAUGAAAUCAAACCCAUCCGAUUAGAUAUAGGCAUUGAAAAUUGUUUACAUAUAGAAUUUGAGUAUUCUAAGCAACAUUACACUUUAAGUGAUGUUAUUGUUGGUAGAAUAUAUUUUUUGUUAACGAGAUUGAAAAUAAAACAUAUGGAAUUGAGUUUGAUAACUAGAGAAAAAAUAAAUCGCAAUAACAAAAUAUUUGAUUCUAAUACUAUAAGAUAUGAAAUUAUGGAUGGAUCACCAGUUAAAGGAGAAACAAUUCCAAUUAGAUUAUUUUUAAGCGGGUAUGAUUUGGUACCAAAUAUGAAUUUGAAUUAUUUUUCAGUGAAACAUUACCUAAGCUUGGUUAUUAUCGACGAAGAUAGCAGGAGGUAUUUCAAACAGUCAGAAAUAUUUCUACAUAGGACAAGGGAUUAA